UAGGCUUAGCCCACAAUGCGUUUGUAAGUUAAACAUUUAGCCGAUAUCUCGAUCACUCCAUUCUAACCUAAAACUAGUACAACUUGCCACUUUUGUAACAAGAGCUUGGGAAGCAGAUACUGAACAGGACACUAUUGAAGGGAUUUGCAAAUUAAUGAAUAACUUACUCGAUAUGACACUACUUUGUCCUGAAAUGAAUCUUAAUGAAGCACUGAUACAGUUUUGCAAAAAUACGACAUCUACUCAGUCUGUAUCUCCUAGCAUUACUUUACUACUAGCCGUCGAUUACAUAAGCAGACUUAAACAGAAAUAUGGAAAUAUCAAAGGAACUAAAGGUUGCGGACAACGACUUAUUCUAGUAGCAUAUAUGAUGGCAUCGAAAUAUAUGCACGUCAACUUGAAAUCCAUCAUUAAUGUAUCCAACUCAACCACAGCAAAGACAACUACCAGUAAUGACAAUAGGAGCAGUAGCUGUAGCGAUGGUGAAUCAUUCUCACCUACACUUCCGUUCUUAAAUACAGUAAAAGAUACCCUCACUUUCCCACAUUUAAAAGAACAGAUAUUACCUUCACCUCCCACAUCACCAAAAGCUCACUCAGACAGCGAUCCAAUGAAUUAUCAUUAUUUUUCACCCAAAAAGGUACCAGCAACUACACCGUCUAAUCAAUCGGCCUCUAUACUAAGAAUGGAACUGGAAUUUCUCCAUUUCCUAAAUUAUAACCUUUCUUUGAACGAAACAAUGAAGUUGAUCUACUGGGCACAAACAUUUGACGAUGAGCUUGACAGACGAGGCUACAGUUCUGGAUAUGAAGGUGAUACUGAUUAAUUCUGCUUAUAUAUACAUAUAUACAUAUCUUUAUAUAAAUACUAGUUAAAUAUCUAAAUCCUCCCGAGAGAGAGGAAACUGUAUUUGAUACCAUGUUUUAAAAUAAUAAAGUCUUUCUACAAAAGAAUGCUACUUGCCAUGUUGUAAAUAUUCUUUGACUGAUGCAUACAUUUUACAAAUGAAGUUGGUAAAAAUAAAAGACUUCUAAUCAU